AUGCCACCGGCUCCACCGCCGGCGCUGCUGCCGAUUGAGGAGUCGCCGGUCGGCACGCAGCCUGCGACCUACUUGACCUCCGGUAUCACCGCCCAAAACACGUCUUCCAACUCUACUGCUGGCGCGGUUGUGUGUAACAACUGCAAGACGCGCGGCCAUCUCCGCCGCAACUGUCCCAAGAUCAAGUGCAAUCUGUGCAAUCGGCUGGGCCACUACCGGCGCGACUGCCCCCAAGACGCUUCGAAGCGAGUGCGCUCGGUCGAGGGAGCGCCGCGCGAGGAGGUCAACCUCGAUGAGGAGUACCGCUGGUCCGUCUGCCGCAAUUGCGGCUCGUCGCGCCACAUCCAGGCCAAUUGCCCCGUGCGCUACCAGGCUCUGGAGUGCUACCAGUGCCACCAGCUCGGCCACAUUAUGACGACCUGCCCGCAGACGCGCUGCUACAACUGCGGCACCUUCGGACACAGCUCCCAAAUCUGCCACAGCAAGCCGCACUGCUUCCACUGCUCACACUCAGGGCACCGCUCAUCGGAGUGCCCCAUGCGCUCCAAGGGGCGUGUGUGCUACCAGUGCAACGAGCCGGGCCACGAGGCCGCGAACUGCCCGCAGGGUCAGCUGUGCCGGAUGUGUCAUCGCCCUGGUCACUUCGUUGCACAUUGCCCAGAGGUGGUGUGUAACCUCUGCCAUGUGAAGGGCCACACCGCUGGCGUAUGCGACAACGUGCACUGCGACAACUGCGGCCGCAAUCACGAGACAGUGCACUGCCACCAGCCUUACAUGGCGCCUGUGGCGCACGACCGCGUCUCGGAGGAGGGUUCGGCCUCUCUGCCCAGCGAGCACGACCCGUGCAGUGCCGACCAAUCAAAUAACUCGGCUACGCCGCGUAAUUCCGAAGACGACGCGAGCAAUCGCAGUGACGAGCCUCGUCCUCGCGCGGUCGUCUCGUGCGCGCCUGUGGUGCCCCCUUACAUUCCUCAGGAGGGGCCGAAGAGGGACGGGCGAGUGGCAAUCGUCGUGGACGGGUCCUAUUUUGAGCGUUGCGUCGUGGUUCGUCGCAACCGCAGCGAUCCUGCCUACUACCGAUACAUCACCGAAGCACUGCUCUACACCAUCGAGUACAUCGGUGACAUCUUCCAGUGCGAGCCUUUCGCGUUCUGGUUCGACACGGACACCGCCGCCUUCACGGAUUUCGUGGAGACGUCCAUGCCGCUGGCUCACCGCAAACACGCGUUUCGCGAGACUUCCUUGCGGAAGCGCUACUUGACGGACGAAAUGAACAGCGGCCGUUCCCUGCCAAAUGUUGUUGCGAAGCUGGUGGGGGGCAUGAAGCGCCAGCGCGGGUUCACGGAGGACGGGCCUGGUCAUGUGUGGGUUCAGACCGGCGUGGACGUCGCCACCGCCACGUGCUUGAUCGAGCUCUUCCAAGACCGCCGGCAAUUCCAGCAGGUAGUGCUGCUCUCUGGUGACGCCGACAUCUAUCCCGCAGUGCAGUACUGCAACACCCUCCGCCGUUCCUCGCACCAGCACGCUGACUCCAAUCCAGUCCGCGUCUGCGGCACUUCAGAUUCUAUGUCAAAGUUGUACGGACAGCAGCAAGACCUCACGGAUUUCCUGCCGCGUCUGCUGCUGGACCGUCCCUCGCACACGGAGGGCGGGCGCACGAUUGAGUUCCCCACCUCCAAAGUCUUCAUGUCUGUCCACUAG